GCAGUGGGAGAGAGAAAAAGAGUGAGGAAGAGAAAGACAGAGAGGGGGGAGGGAAGCGACCGGAGGAGCAGAGCCUUGCUCGGUCGCUGCAGCUUCAUCCAGUGCCGAGCAGAAUUAAGGGGAGGAUAGCGCAAGGACACCUAAUCUUCUCAGACGCGUUCACGGAUAUUUUGCAUCUCCUCAGUCCUCCGUCCGUCAGUCCAGCUGUUUUCUUCGGCUUCUCUUCCCUCCUCCUGUCUUGGGUAUGAUGAUGAGCACCAGCCUCCUGGAAAAUCCGGUGCAGGCGAUUCUGUACCUGCGAGAGCUCACCACCAUCGUCCAGAACCAGCAGAGCCUCAUCCAGACCCAGCGCUCCCGGAUAGAGGAGCUGGACCGGCGGGUGGACGAGCUCAUUGGCGAGAACAGGCACCUGCGGGACGUCAGGGUUCAACAGCAGCAUCCUUACCAUCACCACUACCACCAUCACCCGGACCCCAGCUGCUUCCAUCAACACCACCACCCUCAGGACCCGCAGCUCAAGACCAGUGCGGAGUCUCUCCUGGAACACAGCGCGGCAUCAACCCCCGUAAAGGCGACUUCGGAGGUCCAGCAGCUAUCCUCCCAACCCAUGGACCCUGGGGACAUGCAGCUGGUUCCGGCCGACCUGUCCACGGUCUCCCCAGUUGACAGUGAACCAGAAAACGGCGGAAGUUCCCAAAGCUGCCGCACUUUGGUUCCAAUGACCCCCACGGCCCUUUGUCAUUCCCUGGCCCUGUCAAGGAAAUCCGAGAGCGAGACCGUGCUGCACCAGUUUUGCUGCCCCGCCCCUGAACACCCAGAGGCUGACACCACAGGCUCAUCCAGUGGACAGAUGCUCAGCCUGGAGGGCGGAACGUCCUGCGGUGGUGGACAGGAAGUGGAGGGGACCAAGAGAGAAGGGCCAAGCGAGUACGAAAUCAGCCUUGAGAAUAAGAACAAACAGAUAGAUGAGCUGGAGCAGAAAUAUGGAGGGCAUCUGAUAGCGAGGCGGGCAGCCCGCCGUAUCCAGACGGCCUUCCGUCAGUACCAGCUCAGCAAAAACUUCCAGAAGAUUCGUAACUCUCUGUCGGAGAGCAAGCUGCCCCGUCGGAUCUCCAUGCGCCACCCGAGCCCUUCGGGCCGAAAGAGGAACACAGCCCAGAGACACAGUUACAGUCUGCAUCCUGGAGGAGUACAGAUUCCCUUACGCUCCAAAACUCCUCCUCCUCCCCCGUGUCGCUCCACCUCUCUCCCCGCUUCGCCUGCAUCUGCCCCAUCAGCUGGUGCCCCUCCUGCCGCUGUCCCACCUCAGACACCUGGACAAACACUCACACAGCUGGAAGACUGCUUCUCUGAUCAGCUUCAUUCUUUGGCACUGUCAAUUGACGACGCCCUCCGUGGUUGGAGCCUGUCGGAAGGUGGAGAUGGGAAGGGGCUACUGAUGGACCCCGGGGCCCUUCGUGCAGCUGCUGAGAGUGCUUGUCUGCCCCGCAGUGCCAGCUCGCUGCUCAUGGCCUUCAGGGAUGUCACCGUUCACAUCGACAGCAACAGCUCCUACACCAUCUCCACCGCCACCACCACGACCACCACCUCCUUGGGCAAUGCGGGCGGGGGACAACCUGGCAGCAGGAAGACUUCUGCGAGCGGGGUGGAUGGAGGCGGAGAUGGCAAGUUCGCAGAGGAGCCAGAGUUUCCUGCACCUCCUCCAAGUGAGGAGCUGGAAAUGGCUGAUGCAGGAUCCAGGAGGGGCUCGGCAGUGGCAACUCUAGGAGGAGGAGGAGUAACAGAGGGAGUGAUCGGCACAGACAGACUGGGGUCCACAUCCACCUCUACCUCCACCUCCAUCUCCACCUCAGCCCAGUCUAAUCAGCAACCUGCUCAGAUUUACACGCAGUACCAGCAGUACCAUUAUACUCAUCCACAGCAGAUCCCCGGGGGGCCGAGCCCAGAGGCCCUGCAGGCCCUGGUGGUCUCUCUGCCCAGGGACCACUGCCAGGAUCCAGCCUCCUGCCGCUCCCCAACUCUAUCCGCAGACACACACCGCAAACGCCUCUACCGCAUAGGACUCAACCUCUUCAACGUAAACCCAGAGAGAGGCAUCCACUUCCUGAUCACGCGUGGUUUCGUCCCAGACACCGCCAUUGGAGUGGCUCACUUUCUGCUGCAGAGGAAAGGCCUGAGCAGACAGAUGAUUGGAGAGUUCUUGGGGAACAGCAAACUGCAAUUCAACAGAGAUGUCCUUGACUGUGUUGUGGAUGAGAUGGAUUUCUCAGGCAUGGAGCUCGACGAAGCCCUCAGAAAGUUCCAGGCUCACGUUCGUGUUCAGGGAGAAGCACAGAAAGUGGAGAGACUCAUCGAAGCCUUUAGCCAGAGGUACUGUAUGUGUAAUCCUGAUGUGGUGCAGCAGUUUCACAACCCAGACACCAUCUUUAUCCUGGCCUUUGCCGUGGUCCUCCUCAACACCGACAUGUAUUCACCAAACAUCAAACCUCAGCGCAAAAUGGGCCUCGAUGACUUCAUACGCAACCUCAGAGGUGUGGAUGACGGAGCUGACAUCCCCAGGGAGAUGGUCGCUGGCAUUUAUGAGAGGAUCCAACAAAGGGAGCUCCGCUCCAACGAAGACCAUGUCACCUACGUGAGCCGCGUGGAGCAGUCCAUCAUGGGCCUCAAAACUAUCCUCGCCGUGCCUCACAGGCGUCUGGUGUGCUGCUGUCGUCUGUUUGAGGUACCUGACGCCAACAGGCCUCAUAAACAGAAACUGUUCCAGCUGCAGAGAGAGGUCUUCCUCUUCAAUGACCUGCUGCUGAUCCUAAAGCUGUGCCCCAAGAAGAAAAGCUCGGCCUCAUACACCUUCUGUAAAGCUAUGGGUCUUCUGGGAAUGCAGUUUCACCUCUUCAGCAACGAAUACUAUGCCCACGGCAUCACAAUGCUGAGCCCGUUCACCUCGGAGAAGAAGCAGCUGGUGAGCUUCUGCUCCCCAAGUGGAGAAGAACUCAGGAAGUUUGCAGAAGAGCUCAGAGAGGCGAUAACCGAGGUCAACGAGAUGGAGCAGAUACACAUCCAGUGGGAAUUGGAGAGGCAACAAGGCAUCCUGCCACAUGGCGUACACACCAAUGGCGGGCAAGUGGACACACACACAGGACAUGGCUCUCCCUCAGGGCAACAGGAUGCGUACGAUAAAACCGGCAACAACAACACAGUAGAGGUGUCAAUUCACAACAGGCUGCAGACCUAUCAACUGAGCCAGCCCAGUAUUGAGUCGACGCCUCUGGCCCUGGCCGCGCCACCCGCCCUGCUCGGCUCUAUUCCGCCCGGAGACCUUCGCCCAGACACACUCAUCCAAUGCCAGCAGAUAGUCAAGGUGAUUGUGGUGGACCAGAGCGGGCGAGGGCGAAUGGAGGCCUUCCUCAGCCAAGGCCCGGCCGCCCACCAGCUCAUCCACUCGGCCAUGUCCACGCCCGUGCGGGUCAUAGAUGGGGGAGAUGGUCCUCAGCCUCCUCUGCCGCCUCCACCUCCACCAUACAACCACCCCCACCAGUUCUGUCCCCCGGACUCGCCCAUGCCCUUCCACCACACCCUGCCCCUAACCCGCAGGCGUAACUCCAGCGGUUCCCGCAGCAUCGUCUGAGUCGACGGCUACCCGGCGAACCUUUGGGCCCAAAACGGAACAGAUGGAUCACUUUCGGAGCACACACACACAUUCUCGUUUUGAAUGGUAAGAUUAAAGCGUUUCUAGAAAAAAAAAACAGAGGAAUAUACUGCAUGAGUGGAGUAAAAGGACAACAGAAAAGGAAACCAACAAAGAUCUAUUCAUAGUUUUGAAUGGUGAUGUUUUUGAAUGUGGAGUAGUUUUAAUGCCAUUUGUGAAAGACAAUGUUUCUUCUUUCUUUUGCCUCCAACAUGUCAACCGGUUAGAUUUAACACUAAAGAGAUGUUGUAACUCUGCUUUUUAGAUUUCACCUUUGCAACAUAUGUGUCUGUGAGUUAUGCAUUGUUGGAACUUUUUAUGGGAGCCCUGAAAAGAGUUGAGGGAUCGCUUUAAAUAUGAAGGACAAAACUUGUUUGUUUGGUUCUCUUUCAGGAUAUUUAUGUUAUGUCCACACCUCGUACACAGGUAUUCAGUGUUAGAUACUGCUCUGUGAGGAAUCAUUUCAGCAGAGAUAAUCUCCUCACUGCAGUCUCUCUGUUCCUCUCAUCUCUACAUAAUGGGAACAAACGACAGAAGCAGCUUAUUAGUUUCCUUCAUCUUCAAGGGAAUAGAUAACUAAUCAGUGGUGGAGGGAGAGGCCCAAGAAACAGACCAAUUGGUGCCAGCAUCUCCACCCUCAUGCACCCUCAUGUGCAAUAAACUGCAUUAAGCACAAAUGUUGCUACUCACUAAAUUAACCUAAAACCACAUCCUGGCGACAAUCAUAUUUUUCUGUGCUUCAUUGUUGUGUGUUUUGCUAAACUUGUGAGAGAAGAUGUCUUCACAAUAUAUUGUGCGUCUGCCCUGAUUCUGUGGCACUUUGCUCCCUUAGUGUUCAGGAGAUCAUUUGCUGCACUGUGACAUCUGAGUUGAACCGAGAGCAGCGUGCUGGUGAAUGAUUUCAGUCUGCUUACUCAUGGGCAGCAGAGGAGUACAGCUGGUAAUUAAUCAAAAUCAAGGCUAAAACAGCCAGAUAAAGCUUUUCUCCUGCUUCAAAUUGACUUCUAAUGGGUCACUGAGUAUGAAUACUGUUAGUACCUAUGGAUUCAGUACUUGUGCCCGAAAUAAUUAUAUGAUUUGCUUCACACAGGAAAUACCAAAGUCACCUCACAAAAUCAUCACUCUCCUCUCACAAAUUAUAUUUUAUCGUGCACACUAAAAAGUUAUAUAAGCCGAGUAGCAUUUCUAUACUGAAUGUUAAUUAGAGGCGAAGCGGAAGAAGGAAUAUCAUGGAAAAAGUAUUGAUCUCAUCAUCGGGUUGUCUGUCCAGAGCCUGAGUCACUUUGUAAAUUAGGUUGCAAAUCAUCCAACUGAGGCACACCAAACAUGUCUUGUAUCUUUUGCACCACAGAAUAUAUUGGAGACAACAUAGAUAAUAUAGAUUUAUUCUGAAAAAUUGAUUGUUUGCCCAGUGUGUGUAUCUAGGUAUGUAUUUGUACAGAGAAGAUCUAGUUUAAAAAAAGAGUAUUAUAGUUAUAUUAUAGCUAUUAUUAUUAUUAUUAUUCACAGGUGUGAAUCCUUCUGCUAGGAGAGACAGGAAUCAGGCAGCUUUUCUAGAGCACACUGCAGUUACCAUGGCAACACACUGAUAUCAUUACAGAUCUACAAUCAUCAUGAAAUUAUAGUGUCGUAUUAUCAUAGAAUAAUUAAGAUGUGUCUGUGUCACCUGUUAAGAUGUGUAAAGGGCUAUUCUGUAUUGAUGAAUAUGUGCAGGGAAUCACAGGCAAUGCACACAGACACACAGACACACAGACACACACACACACACACACACACACACACACACACACACACACACACACACACACACACACACACACACACACACACACACACACACACACAGGCACAUAGCUGUUAAAGCAACAGCAAAUACAACAUAGAAUACACUUAGAGACUGAUUUCUCAAGUCAGCAACCCCACUUUGUUUACUGACUGACUUGUACUAAACAGCAUGAUAUUGUUUCUUUUAUUUACAGUACACAUGGGCAGUUUAUUUAUAUGUUGUAUUAUUAUGUCAGGGCAUGUUGGGUUGGUUAAUGUCAUUUUCUCCUCUUCCUAUCUUUCUGCCCGACCCCUUAGCCCUGCCUUCUCCAUGGUUGUCAUGGGGACGCACCAAUCUGCAUCCUCAAUGUGGAGCACUGUCAAUAAUAUUUGCACCCUAACAAUAUUUCUAAAGAGUAGAUUUCAACAUGUUUACUAAUGGAAUAUUUCUAAUUUGUUUUCUGUUCAAAGAGAAUAAAAGAAUAAAGUAGUA